AACAUCGCUUUCAACCAUCGUUCAGUUCCAUGGGGCGGAAGACAGAAAACGUGCAGUGGUUCAGCGUGUCCAGCCGCUUGUCAUUGAGCUGUGGCGGGAUAGCCAGAAGCUGAAUCCGAGACCACAUCUUUGAGAACACAAUCACGUUCUGCAUUAAGAAGGGAAGCCCAAACUUCCGUUUUGUUAGGGUAUACUGUUUGCAGAAGGUCUACUUUGCCAGGGUUAGCAUUCGCCGGCUCGGACACACACGAGGGCGAAAUUGCAAAGAGAACCUGACUGACUGACAGCAUCGCGUAGUAAAGAUGAACGAGACGGAUAGUGUCCCUCUAGCUGAAUAUGAAUUUGAACGGUUGUUCGACGAAAAGGUGGCGUUCCAGUGGAUGGAAGACAAUUGGAGGCAGUCAUUCGUGUUCUGUGCCAUGUACGCUGCCGUGAUCUUUGCUGUUCAGCUGUACAUGCGAGAGAGACCCAAGCUGGACCUACGCACACCUCUGGUGCUGUGGUCACUCAGCCUUGCUGUGUUCAGUAUUAUCGCCACUCUGAGGACAGGGGGCUACAUGCUGCAUGUUCUCAACAGCAGCGGCUUCCGGCAGUCUGUGUGUGACACCAGCUUCUACAGCGCCCCCGUCAGCAAAUUCUGGGCCUACUUGUUCGUCCUCAGCAAACUCCCUGAGCUGGGGGACACGGUGUUCAUCGUCUUGCGUAAGCAGCCCCUGAUCUUCCUGCACUGGUACCACCACAUCACCGUGCUCAUCUACUCCUGGUACUCCUACAAGGACCGCGUGGCCGGCGGCGGCUGGUUCAUGACCAUGAACUACGGCGUGCACUCGCUCAUGUACACCUACUACGCCGCCCGCGCCGCCCGGCUGCGCCUGCCCCGCCCCGUCGCCAUGGUGAUCACCUCCACCCAGAUCCUGCAGAUGGCCAUGGGCCUGGUGGUGCUGGGCUCCGUGCACCAGUGGAUGGACGCCAGCGAGUGCCCGAGCAACGUGCGCAACGUCGUCUGGGGCGUGGUCAUGUACCUCAGCUACCUGGUGCUCUUCGUCUUCUUCUUCUACAAGUCUUACGUCAGGGGGGGGAAAGCGGAGAAGACGGUCAAAGCUGAGUAAGCCUGCCCCCCCACCCCCCCCCCCCCCCCCCCCUCCA